GCCAGAGAGGGACAGCAGCCAAAUAAGGAUCAAUGGCAAACAUACAAGCAAAGUUAAGUGAGGACACCACUUUGAAAAGAGGGUAAAUGUAUCACAGGGUACAUACAGCAUCAAGUACAUCGUGUGCGGUCCCUUAGAUUAGCGGUUGGUAACGUUUUGAUGUUGGCUGACUUGUUUAUAUAGCAAAAAACAGACGGAGAAAACCGUCGUAGGGGUGCCGAUGGAUCGAUCGGGGAUUUCAAGUUAAACCAUGAGAACAGGAAAAAAAAGUUUAUUACAAGAAAUGUGUCAAAACCCCCUGCGUUCCACAGCCGGGUGGAAUACUGGCAACGUUCCGGGGUUUGGGAAUGCCCACCCUGGACCUUGUGUCUUACGAACCAUCGCUGGAUAAACAUUUUUGCGGUAUGAAAGACAGCAGGAGCACUAUACUAGAGGGAGUUGAAAAUGGGGGCAUUUCUGGACAAGCCAAAGAUGGAGAAGCACAACGCUCAUGGGGAGGGUAACAGUCUCCGCUAUGGACUGAGCAGCAUGCAGGGCUGGCGGGUGGAGAUGGAAGACGCCCACACCGCCGUCAUGGGCCUGCCCAAUGGCCUGAACGCCUGGUCCUUUUUCGCGGUAUACGACGGGCACGCCGGCUCCCAGGUGGCGCGGUACUGCUGCGAGCACCUGCUGGAGCACAUCACCAGCAACCCGGACUUCCGCGCCGGCGGAGGCAGCGGCGGCGGCGAGCCCUCAGUGGAGAGCGUGAAGAGUGGCGUCCGGACGGGCUUCCUGCAGAUCGAUGAGCACAUGCGCGCCAUCUCCGAGAAGAAGCACGGCGCCGACCGUAGCGGCUCCACCGCCGUGGGCGUGCUGGUCUCGCCGCGGCACAUCUACUUCAUCAACUGCGGUGACUCCCGGGCCCUGCUCAGCCGCGCCGGCCGGGUCCACUUCUUCACACAGGACCACAAGCCCAGCAACCCGCUGGAGAAGGAGCGCAUUCAGAACGCCGGCGGCUCCGUCAUGAUCCAGCGCGUCAACGGAUCGCUGGCCGUCUCGCGGGCACUCGGCGACUUCGACUACAAGUGCGUCCACGGCAAGGGCCCCACGGAGCAGCUGGUUUCGCCGGAGCCCGAGGUGUACGAGAUCGAGAGGUCGGCCGCCGACGAGUUCAUCAUCCUGGCCUGUGAUGGCAUCUGGGACGUCAUGGCCAACGAGGAGCUCUGCGACUUCGUCAAGUCCAGGCUGGAGGUCACGGAGGACCUGGAGAAGGUCUGCAAUGAGAUCGUGGACACCUGUCUCUACAAGGGGAGCCGGGACAACAUGAGCGUGAUUCUGGUCUGCAUGCCUGGUGCGCCCAAGGUUUCCCCGGAGGCCGUGAAGAAGGAGGCCGAGCUGGAUAAGUACCUGGAGAGCAGAGUGGAAGAAGGAGCAUCAUCGAGGCCAUAUACAACAGGCUUAUCCCAUACCGCUCCGACGAUACGGACUCUGUGGUCCUCUUCUUCAGAGGAUUCAACUAAAAAGGAUCCUGCCAUCAUCCCGCCUGACCGCCCGCCUCUCAGCCGCUGCUCUCGCCGCCAUACAGUUUUCUGCCUGAUUCGUCUCUCCUGCUUCUCUGCACCGGCUGUUUGCACAAGGCAAUCCUAAUCCCUAAUGGUCUUCUACACCUCCUCACACACAAAUUCAGACGGUGCCUCCCCCCCUAAAAAAAAAGCACAUGCCAGAAAUCCCACCAUUCCUCUCUGAAUGGGACCCCACCAGCUGCCCCCACCUGCCCUCAUCAUGUGCCACACAACGCAAAGAAAGGCCUCAGCCAGACGGAUUCCUUCAUGGCUCCUGACAAUGGUAGAAUAAGGUGCUCUGCUUGUUUCAGGCUGCUAAGUCCUGCUACACAUUUGCUGUGAAACCACGUUCAGUACCAAGGUGAAGCGUACCCUCCGGGUCUUGAGUCCAGUCAUGCCGACUUUGGGAGUAUGCAUAUAUGAAUCCAAAAGCAUUCUGAAGUAUGAUAGUUAGUCCACAGCAGAUGAGCAGGGACAGAGGAAACAGAGGGACCACUCACUCACUUGGUGUCUUUGUAGGUCACAAUGUCCGAUAAAAAUCAGUAAACUGCCAAUGACUGAUCCGCGUUGGUUAAGUAGGUGAGGCUAGACCAGGUAAAGUGACCAAGCUGAAUAUUCAGCAAAGGGCUUUCGUACUCCACCGUGCAUAUUUGACCUCGGAAAAAAAGCCAUUUAAAAUAAGCUCAAUAUUCAGAAUGAAAAAAAAAGCAUUUCCUAAAUGCAAGCAGUCCAAAAUGUAUUCAUGGUGCCAUACAAGUACUGUAUUUUUUAAUGAAGCAGAGGUAUACUUUUAUUUUGUUAUUCUGCGAGAGGACUGUAGAGUUAGGGGGACACCUGAUGGUGUAACGGCUGUCAUCCUCAUGUGCAUCCAGAGCACCAGGCUCAGCACUGUCCGCAGUCUGGUGUCACAGCACCGACCUGCACAGAAUCUGUCCGCUGUUCUCCAUAACCAUCCCUAACCUUUCUCACCCCAGCCUGCGCAGCUUAGCUUCAUACAAAGUCCAGCUGCUCCUUCCAUGCCUGUCUGCCUUGGCAUCAAUGUCACCGAAUGUGAUUUUUCUGUAACGGAGAGCGAAUCCUUUCAGCUAUGUCACGCGUCCACGAGGACACCAGGAUGGCUGCAGGGCUUCCCAAACGAUCAUAAAGAUUCCUGUAUGGACAGACACAGACUAAACACUUCAAUAAAGGCAGUCACUCAAAACGC